GGGGCGGGGCUCGCGCCGUGUGGUGGCUGACUGCUGGGCCGCCGGAGCGCGGCAGGGGGGUGGGCUUUGGUUGGGUGCGUGGGUUUGAGCUGCGCUGAGCGUCCCGCGGGUCAGCGCCUCCGUUGUCGGAGCUCUUGGGGCGGGGUGGCUCGUUUGUAUGCCGUCGUUGCACAUUUAAUGCUCAGCCCGAGGCAGCUCUGUGAGGGAGUGCAGUGGAACUUCACUCGGCCCUUUAAAGAGGCCGAGUAAUUUCGGAGCUGUGUGCUGCAACGCUCGAGGCCAGUUUGCCUUUGCCAUUUGGGUUGUACGUUGUUCUGAGGGAGGCAGAGUUGGUGUUUGUUUGUUUGUUUGUUUGUCGUCAUGGUGGUUGUUUUUUUUUCCAGAAAAUUGGGAUUAAGUUUGGUAUAGCCGGUGACAUAAGUUGAGUCCAAAGCUCAGCACGUGUGCCCAGGUGCUAUUUGGGUUGUACCACAGCAUUUCUGUGGGACAAAGGCUAAUCCCCCAGAACACAGUUUAGUUUGAAAAUAGCAUUGGGGUUCAUGUUUCAUCAUAUCCUGAGAACAGCUAAUGUGUCUUAAUUCUUCACACUGACAGCCAAUGCCAUAAACACACAGUGAAUCAUGGAAUUCAGGAGUUACUGGAGUUUUUAAACAUCUUUCUUCCCUCAGCAUGUCACUGUCUUCUGUUGUUUGGUGGUUUUUUUUUUUAAUUGGCUUUUUUUGUUUGUUUGUCUUUCCACCUCAGCACCUGUUUACAUUUGGAUACUGUUAAUGAUUGAGCUAGGAUUGUGUUUUUUUCCAGGUACUUCUGUGCUAAUCAGUAGUGGUAGAACUGAAUCUCUCAGAGUUUUCCUCAAGUCAUUAAAUACUGUCUAAGUGGAAAGAAAGAACUGAAGAGAAAACAAGCAAUGAAAAUACUGGUGAUUGCCCUUGGAGGAGUUACAAAUGGAGGAAAAACAACUUUGGCAGAAAAGCUUAAGAAACUGCUUCCAAACUGUGACACAAUCUCUCAGGAUGACUUCUUUAAGCCAGAGUCUGAAGUAGAAACAGACGAGCGUGGAUUUAAGCUGUAUGAUGUACUUGAUGCCCUCAAUAUGGAUGAAAUGGUGAAAAGUAUUCACAAUUGGAUGAAAAGCCAUACAAGCUCAGGCGUUGUGACUGAAAAACCGAUGGACACAUCUAACAGUCUAAAGAUGACAGAAGAUGUUUAUAUUUUGAUUGUUGAAGGCUUUCUGCUGUAUAAUUAUGAGCCACUUAAUGAACUCUGGAAUAGAAGAUAUUUUUUGACCCUUCCUUAUGAAGAGUGUAAAAGGAGAAGGAGCACCAGAGUCUAUCAGCCAGCAGAUACACCUGGGUACUUCGAUGGACAUGUGUGGCCUAUGUACCUGAAAUAUAAAAAUGAAAUGGAAGAAAGUGCAACUAACAUUGUUUAUUUAGAUGGAACUAAAUCCCAAGAGGAGCUUUUAUCCUGUGUGUAUAAUGAUAUAAUACAGGAAUUAAAAAAGCUGAGAGAAGGAAAUCAGCAGGUCACAGCAUGAUAAAGCAGAAUGCCUCAGUUUGGUCUGAUACAAACUGAAAGCCCCAGGACUGUGGAACUUGGCAAGACACCAACUGGACAGAUGCCUAUGUUAAUGUCCAUAGUUCAUACAACCACAAGUGAAUGUGUAGCUAACGUGUUAGCUCUAUAACCCUCAGAGGUUGAGUGCCAACAAUAAUGCAUUGUUUAGAAUUCCUUCCAUCAGUUGUGCUUUGACCUUUCUAUGUGAUUGAACGUGUAUAUUCAAAAGAAUAUGUAUUUUUUUGUACACAGUACUAAACUGUAAAGAUGCAGUUCUGCUGGAUCAAUAAGUUUAUUUGAAAACUGACCAAUGCAAUUUGAAAUGUUCAUAAAGUACUUGGGAAUUGAUAAAAAGCUAUUAAAUAUGUUAUAGAUAAUCACUGGUGAGUAUGGUUAGAGGAGCUAGCUGUAAGCUGUGUCAGUAGUAAUUUUAAGAUUCAGUGAGCAGUCUAACAGCUUAUACAGUAGUAUUUAUCAAGUAAUCUACAUAUUUGGACCAGUUCAGAAAGGGUAUUUCAAAAAGAAAGAUUGUUGGGAAAACGUGAAGGAAUAAGAUGCCAGAAUGCAGAUGCGUCACCAAAAAUAUUUAGUGCAUAUGUCAUGAAAAGAUAAGGGAUUAGAAUGGGGUGAAGUGCAAGUCAAUAAAAGCGUGCUUCAGGGAAGAGGAUGUAAGAAAUAUUCCUUGUUAAUCUGCAGAACUCAGGAUGAAAUUUCACUUAUGAAAUUAUCUGAAAAGCGGGUAUACUAAAUGCAUGUUAAAACUGUAUUACAGGAUUUGUGUGUAUAUGCUUACAUGAACUGGGAAACUAGGAGAUUUAAUAAUCUUCGGUUGCAGGAUGAAUAAACCUUUAUUUUCUGUA